UUUGUGAAGGGGUGGAGCCGGCGGGGAGGAGGGUCGGCAGGGAAAGACAGCAAAAGACAGGUUUCCCCUCACCGCUCCAGGUGCCACAUUCGCAGCCUGCCUGUCUGUCGAGAACUUGCUGCCGCCUCAGGCCCAGUCAACCGUGUGCUGCUGAAAUGGGCUCUGAGCUGGAGACUGCCAUGGAGACCCUCAUCAAUGUGUUCCAUGCCCAUUCGGGCAAGGAAGGGGACAAAUACAAGCUGAGCAAGAAGGAGUUGAAAGACCUGCUACAAACUGAACUCUCCGGCUUUCUGGAUGUCCAGAAGGAUGCAGAUGCUGUGGACAAGGUAAUGAAGGAACUGGAUGAAAACGGAGACGGGGAGGUGGACUUCCAGGAGUAUGUCGUGCUGGUAGCUGCUCUCACAGUGGCUUGUAACAACUUCUUCUGGGAGAACAGUUGAGCACAUGGCCCCAGUGGGCAGUGCCCUUCCUCUCCACCAUGUCAGGCUUCCCCCUUUAGCCCAUUUCUCCUCACCCCGCCUGUACCUCCCCACGUCUCUAUCCUUACCCAGUCUCUCACCAAGGGCACAAGAGUAGUGGUCCAGGUCUGCCGCUCACUUUAAUAAAUAGGUUUCCCUCA